AUGGAUGAUCCUAAACACAGGACUCUCGAGUCUAAACAUGAUUUACUCAAAGAUGCAUUUAAAAAGCUAUAUUGGGACUACGAGGCUUUAAAAACCGAUUUGUCUUCAAAAAUCGAAGAAUACGCCAAAUUACAUGAGGAAAACACUCAUUUGAAACACUCUUAUGAUUUACUGGCCAAUGAAAUAUCGCAACAGAGUCAAAAAAACGUAAAACAUGGACCUUCCUCUUGGACGAAUCCCUUAACACUCAUAAAAGGAUCACAGUCAAAUGAGUCUGAAAAUUAUCAAAAGCUAAACGAAGAAAUAGCACAAUUGAAACUGAAAUUAGAGAAUUCACUUAAAGAAAACGAGGAGUUGAGUGUCAAAAAUGUUCAAACGACGAGAGAUUUGGAAGAUAAUAAGGCGAAGCAUAACGUGAUAGUUACAGAAUUGAAGGAUAGGCUGAUAGCACUUGAAAGUAUACUGAAGGACUUGCAAGACCAACUGAACAAUAACGAGAAUAAGCUGUCACAGUACGCGAACGAGAUUAAGCUGUUGAACACAGAAAUCGACAACAAGUCAUCGGAGAUAAAUACGCUGAACAAGGGAGUCGAGUCGUUGAAAAAGGAGCACUCGAAGGACUUAGAAGAAUGGAAGGUAAAAUUGAACGAAAAGUUUAAAUUUGACCUGAGAAGGAACAGCUAUAUUAAUUUGAACAACAUAUAUCAGAACGGAAGCGACGCACUUAACCUGGACGUCCACUAUUCAUUGUCAAAUUAUGAGCUGGUUAACCUACUGGUAGGGUCAUUCGGGUCGUUUUUCAGCUGCUGGAAGCUGGCGUUCAAGUUCAUACAAUGUUCACUGAUAGCGAGUGACAUGAAUAGAAACUCGGUAGAUGGAACACAUGAAUUUAAUGACAACAUCAGGUAUUCGAAUGUGUUCAGCAAUGUGGAUGUGAGAGUGUUGACAAACUUUGACAAACUAGUAAAGAAAAUUGACAAUGAGUUGGUGAUGGUGAACACUUAUUUUGAAAAGAUUAUGUUGAGAGGUGGAACGUUUGACUCGGAACAGUUUAGUAACAUGACAAGUGCAGUCAAGCAUUUGAGUGAGUUUUUUAAACUACAAAGGAUAUACUUUUGCAUCGAAGAGUAUGUGUUACCACAAGGAACGAGCACAAAGGAUAAUAAAAAACACUCAACAAAAUAUCUGAUUAACUUGCUUGGUGACAUUAAGAAGAUAGUUCUGAGGUUUUAUUGUAACGUUAAGUCAGCUCUGUACCUGAUUAACGAUAAAAAGAGGAAUCAGUCGAAGUUGUUAUACACAGUGUUAACGAAUGAGUGCGGAAGCAAUAGCUGUGAGUCGCCAGAGGAGCCGAGAGAAUUUUUUAAUGUGGGAUCGCAAUCAUCACUAGAUAGCACUCUGCAGUCGACCAGGUACGGAGAAUCGUACAGAAACGCCUCUACAAAGUCAAUAGAGCUGCAACACAGGAACCUCCACUACCUGAUAAAGAGCCUAUUCGCAACAGUCAAUGACCUUAAGACGACUUUGAACGAGUUGAAAGAGUCGCUAUCGCACAGGCUGUGUUACCCAAAGGUGCACAAAGGGUUCUUCCUGCCCUUCACAGGAGGCACGAAUCAAAUGGUGCAGCUGACGUCAAGUCUCUCGAAGCUGGAAAGUGAUCUGACGAACAUGACGGAAAUGAGGAUUAGGCUGUAUCUGAACUACAUGUACACCUCCCUGAAGUUUUAUUCAGACUCGAACUACUUCAACUUUAAAAACUACAAAGUGAAGACGCACAGCACGAUUGAGUACGUCAGUAGGUGCAACGCGGCGCUGUCAGGGUCAAAUCCGAGGAUAAAACUGGCGAACCUGCAGAAGGAUCUGAACCUGGCAAGGAGAAACGAGAAUGAGUUGGCGGAAUUGAAGCUGAAGUUCGCAAAUAUGCAGGAGUUGUUGGAAAUAGCAACAUACAGGUCAAAGAAGUACGAGGAUGAGCUGGAGCGGCUGAAGAGGACAAACGAGUUGGAGGCAAUAUGCGAGAGAAUAUUCAGCAAGCUGCAACUUAAGUUUGCGAAAGCAAACGCUAACUAUAGUCCAUACGUGAGCGCAAAUAAGUUGGAUUCGUAUAGGAAAAUCAGGAAGCUCAACGCCCACGUCAAGUACCUGCUGAAGACAAUAACGGCCCUGGAGGACUCAAACAAGCAGCUUAAGCUGGCGCUGGAGCUUAACAGAAGCCAGUAUCUGGCAGCAAAGGAGAACGAGGAUUCGAUUCACCUCAACUACAACGAGCAGCUGGUGCUGAUGAGUGAGCACAUAAGUGAGCUGAACAACGCGAUCCUGAAGAGCGAGUACAAGAUAGCGGAGUUGACGCAGACGAAGGUCUCGUGUCCAUCCUGCGGAUUCAACAACACGCUCGGCUCAAUGAUGGGAGUGGACGACAAGGGAAGGUGCUCCUCAUGUCGAUGCAUAGUAAUAUUUUCAAGCGACUGA